AUGGUUCAGGAGGAACAGACCCAUAAACCCACACUCGAUGAGGAGCACACCAACAUAGAUGCCUUCUUAGCAACUGAACUUUGGAGAUCUUCCCCACCAAGGAUCACGACGAUCAGAAGGACCGGCGGGACGCUGCCUGGACCUGGGACCAUAGGGACGCCUUGGACCCGUGGUGUUUUAACUACUCCCCAGACAAGCCUGGCUGCCGUCAGGUGUGCUUCUAAGAAAACUGGAGGCAGCUACAAAAAUGUAGGUGGCCGCAGCCCUGGCAAGCGCUAUGGAUUUAAAAAAGUAGAUGGUGAAUUUGUGCAUGCAGGCAACAUUCUGGCUACGCAGCGGUUGAUGCGCUGGCAUCCAGGGACUCAUGUGGGGAUGGGCCGUAACAAGACUCUGUAUGCCCUGGAGGAUGGGAUUGUGAGAUACACCAAAGAGGUCUACGUACCUCUGCCCCGCAGCAGUGAGAGCAGGGAAGCGAUCUGUUGUCUACCCAAAGGAGCGGUUCUUUAUAAAACCUGUAUCAGUGUUAUCCCUGUCACAGAAGUAGGAAGCUUUAAACUCGUCACCAUGCUCUGAGCCUCCUGCCUCACAUAGGGAGGGAUGGGAAGGAGCGACUGGGACAGACCACCACAGCUGGACUGGCAUGAGAGGACAAUAAUAUUCUAGCUCCGAAGAUACCAGUGUAGGACUUCUUUUUCUUGCUCCUAAAGCAUGUGUGGUCAGUGUUCAGGCACUGGGAUCACUCUGGCUGAGCAGACCUUCACCUUGGCUUUGUCCCCUUUGUCAAAGCAAGCAGCUGGUCUGUCUCCUUUGGUCACAGCACGUUUGCCAGAGAAGAGCGAACAGGCACCCCUGGUUGCUCCGCUCAGAGCUAGAGAGCUGGCGUUGGCUCCAUGCUUGUCCUGUGCUGCAGGAGGGACGGCACCGCUGCCUGGGGUCUGACUUGCCUGUGUCUCGGCUGAGUGUGAAUCUGGGUGAAGGUCUGACAUUUGGCCGUUCCCUGCAGACCAGAACGAUGCCACAGGCACUUCUGUCCCUGACACCAUGGGUGGAAGCAGCGUGCUGAGGCCGAGGCCUCACACGGCUGUGUUUCACUGAGUUUGGUAGCUGAGAGGGGCCUGGAAUGGGUCUGACACGCCACGUCUGUCCAGGGUCUCUGAGCUCAUUACUGUUCCUGAGAAAGCUGAAGGGUGUCUCAAAGCAUGCUCAUAGGGAGGCGGCGUCUAUUGAGGAGACAGGAAGAACAUCACAGUGGAUCAGCAAUAAGCAGGAGAUUAUCCCAGCUCUUCUUACAGAGCGGAUGACAAGGCUCACAACUGCCACCAGCCUGAACCGAAAUUCCUGCAGCCCUCAGAGCAGCAGGCUGCUGGCUAGAUGAGGUGAGUGCUUACACUGCUUUUGCAACACAGCAGGGCAAAAAGCCACUGGAGAGGCACAUUCCCCCCACUGCCCCCUCACCCUCUCUGUGCUGGGUUCCUGCUCUUCCCUGUUCCCCUUCAAGGACUUGCUGCUAGUCACAAGGCCAGAAAAGCCCUGAUUUCUGUUACGAGAGGACUGCUGCUUGCCUGCCUUUGACCAAGGAUCGAUUACUGGGGUGUAUACAAGCACCUACAAACCUGGCUUUCUACCCAGGUUUUGACAGAGUCUCACUGUACAGCAGCAGGUGAGCCUCUGGGCUGUUGCUAGCCCAGCUCUGCCAAAAUAAACUAACUUUCUCCCCGGUAAUGAGCGACAGGAGUGGCACAGGGAUACUGUGGAAGAGCCCCUGCUGUAGUUCAUCCAUUGCUCAUCUUUGGGGCCUUACUCUCCUGUGCCCUCAGUGCUCUGGUUUCAGGGCAGGUAUCGUUAGUUACAGCUCCAAACACCGAGCAGCAAGUGCUGACUAUGCCAGACGUUAUGGUACAACUUCAAGAGCUCCAGAUCCAGGUAAAUCAGUGAACCUUUAGUGCUGUGCUCAGGGUUUCAAAUGUCUCUGUUUCGCUUUAGUCAGUAAGGGCUCUUUGUUCGACAGGAGGCUCUUGGGACGCUGCCGCAGGACUGGCUUGGCAGAUGCACUCGCUUGUCUCUGUUCUAUUGCAGGAGUGCAAAUCUGAAAUGUCAUAACAGGCAAAGCCUCCUGCUUAUAACUAAGCCAUAAACACUUACUGAGGAGCAUCCUGGAGGUGUCAUGCAGGGAGAAGGGACCAAAAAACUGUGGAAGCCAUACAGAUCUAAGAAGAACAUUCCCAGCUUGGGCUUGCACCGCGCGGAUGAUCCAAAGGGCCUGCCCUUUCAGCAGCAGCUCUGCCCUGCCUCGCGGCCUUAGACUUCUAAUAAGUGCUGCUGGUGUGCCCUUUUCCCCUUAAUUUGUGUUCCUGGUGAACUGCUGAGCUACAAGAAAGUUCAGCUGUUCCUAAGGAGAACGUACCUCCACUCAUUUCUUUUUAAGUGUACUGACCUAUAUGUGCAAAACCAGGUCUUGUGUUCCACAAAGGUGCUUUACACCUUCUUCUGUGCUGACCGUGAAACUGAAUUUGAAACUUUUCAUCCUAAACAGAUGCUGCACAUCUACUUACUGAACAGUUAAGUGAUGAAAAUUCAUGACAAAAGACAGCUGCAGCACAGGCUGAAGUAUCUCACCCGAACAGCUUGUUUCUGAAUGUAGACUAUUAAAAAGAUACUUGAUUUAUUCCUCACGUUCUCUGUCCUGU